UAGCUGGCUCAGAAUUUUGGCGGAGUAUGGUUUCCGUCUUUGCUUUAGUUUGUUCGAUUGCUUCCACUAGCCACGCAGUGGAUAAGUACUUCAUCAACUCUUCUACAGAUUCAUAUUCAUUCUCUGCGAUAUCUUCAAGUGCUCGUCCGCGCCGCCUACUUGACAAAGUUGUAUACCUUGCUUUGCUACUCGACAAUGACCUGUAUACUUGCUCCUUGGCAUUCACUAGUGUGCUAUCUCCUGCAAAUAUCAUUUUUCCUAUGCCACAUGUAUCUGCCAAUUCUCAAUACUCUUUCGUAGAACAUGGGCAGAGUUUUUUAUUUCAAAACCUCUGUGCAAAGGUUGUUCUACCCCUUUUUCCAAAUAUGAAUCAACACACACAAGACACAAACUUCUGCUGCAAUAUUUCUUUUGCCGCGUUGGAUGCAUCAGAUGACAUGGAGUAUGCGCGCCAACUUUUGGAUCAAUUAUCUGUCAGAGUAAUGAUUGGAGAAACAUGGGUGCUAAAUCGACACUUGCCGUGGCUUCAACCAGCCUUUGGUUUCCCGAGUUGCACUUGGUUUGGUACUGGGCAGAAAGAUUUGGCACGACUUCUUUGUGCAGGUCAAAGGCUUAUUGGUGCAGUAGAUCAAUCUAUAUUAGUCGGGGAACAAUCUGGGCUCGUUGAGCUCAUUGAUUUCACUCAUCUUCAUGGGACAAAUGUACAACUCCAUGAUGUUGCAAUACUCUAUUGGUUAGCUUACUCACGACAAGUUGUUACAGUGCAACAUGUCCAUGCUUUUCACGACAAGCUUGUUAAGAGUUGCCGAGAUAAUGAGCAAGUGUUUGAGGUAGAAUACAUAGAUGCUAGUUGGAUUGAUAUACCUCUAGGCGCUGUGAAAGUUUAUUUCCACCAUGCUCUAUCUUAUACCUAUUUUAAUCUUGGUGAUGUCCUAAAUGACAAAGUUUUGUACUCUAGAAAGGUAAUUUUGUUUAGUUCUUGCAUAUUUGAAUCAGUGAACUCUGCUACCAAAAUGGUUUUGAGGGGGAAAGCAGAUAACCAUGUUUCAGAGGAGCUUAUUUUCCUGAUGCAAAAUUCAAGUCAUCAUGUAGAUACUCCUAGAAGUUCUAACAAAUUCUUGACGCUGAUUGGUGAUCUCUCGAAUUGCUCAUUCAAAAACUAUAUUCUACAUGUACAUGUUUUCUUUGGCUUGAUGAAGGAAUGGUUUCUGGAACUGCAAGAGCACUUGGAAAAAUAUUUACAUGCUCGUUUUGCCUUUGGGAUCAAUCUGCUAGGCUCAAGAAACCAGAUAUACUGCAACUGGUGCACAACUUUCAAUCAGAUAAUCAAUGAAUUCGUUUCUUGUAUUUCAUGCAGGAUUUGAAGCAUAUGUUGGAGUCAUGUUGCUUCAGACAACACUCAUUGGUUUUUCAAAUGCUGGACAUAUACUUGCUU